AAUCAUCAAGUUCUUGGUAUUGGAAGUGGUUCUACCAUUGUCCAUGCAGUCAAUCGAUUAGCUGAAAGGGUGAAGAAUGAGAACCUGCAUGUGUUCUGUGUCCCGACAUCUUUCCAGGCACGUCAGCUGAUCCUUCAGAAUGGAUUAACUCUGACCGAUCUGGAGAGACACCCAGAGCUUGAUGUCGCUAUUGAUGGAGCUGAUGAAGUUGAUUCAGAUCUCAAUCUCAUCAAAGGUGGAGGGGGAUGUUUGGCACAAGAAAAAAUAGUCGCUGGUUGUGCAAAGUCCUUCAUUGUUAUCGCAGAUUAUAGGAAAGACUCAAAGAAUUUUGGAGAUCAGUGGAAGAAAGGUAUUCCCAUAGAAGUUCUUCCUAUGGCUUACGUUCCAGUGAGCAAAGCAAUCCAGCAGCAGUUCGGUGGUGUGGUGGAGUUGAGGAUGGCUGUUAGUAAGGCUGGACCUGUGGUUACAGACAAUGGGAAUUUUCUUCUAGACUGGAAGUUUGAUCAAGUUCAGGAUUGGAAUACAGUUAAUACAGCCAUCAAAAUGAUUCCCGGUGUGGUGGACACUGGGCUCUUCAUCAAUAUGGCUGAACGGGUCUACUUUGGCAUGGAAGAUGGUACUGUGUCCAUCCGUGACAAACCUGUACAUUAG